AUGCCAAUUCCAACUCGAGCUCUUGGCCUUGGUGGUCCCCAGGUCCCUGCUAUUGGGUUUGGCCUGAUGAGCAUUGGGGGUACAUAUGGAUCUGCUGGCUCCCUUGAUGAAAAGGUCGCCGUCUUGGAGCAUGCUCAUGCCACAGGUCAGUGGUUUUGGGAUACCGCUGAUUUGUAUGCCGACAGUGAGGAUAUUGUCGGCGAAUGGGUCAAGCGCUCGGGCAAUCGUGAUGACAUCUUUCUUGCUACGAAGUUUGCCAUCCAGAUGGACGCCAACUAUAAAAUCACAAUCCGGUCGGAUCCGGAAUAUGUGAAGCUUGCCUGUGAGAAAAGCCUUAAACGACUAGGUGUUGAUGUGAUCGAUUUGUAUUACUGCCAUCGGGUAGAUGAAGUCACCCCCAUUGAGAAGACCGUGGAAGCCAUGGUGGAACUGAAGAAUGAGGGAAAAAUUCGAUACCUUGGUCUUUCCGAAGUGUCAGCAGCCACUCUCCGUCGCGCCCAUGCUGUCCACCCUAUCACCGCUCUACAGAUAGAAUACAGUCCCUUCGCUCUCGACAUUGAAUCGCCCAAGGUCGACCUCCUCAACACUUGUCGUGAGCUGGGUAUUGCAGUCGUUGCAUACAGUCCCAUUGGACGAGGUCUUCUGACGGGACAGAUCCAGAAGUUCGAGGAUAUCCCGCAAGACGACUUUCGUCGGAUCUUGCCUAAAUACCAGCCAGAACAUUUCCCUAAGAUCCUUGAGCUGGUGGAAGGUCUAAAGAAGGUGGCUGAUGCGCAUCAAGCUACACCCUCGCAGGUGACACUUGCAUGGUUGUUGGCCCAGGGCCCUGAAAUCAUUCCGAUCCCGGGCACUCGGUCGCCUCAGCGGGUGGAUGAGAACACCAAUGCUGCACUGAUUAAGCUCACUGAUGAGGAGGUGCAGACUAUUCGACAGCUUAUUCAGCGUACUGAGGUUGAAGGGGAUCGGUAUACAUCAGGCAUGGGUAUUAACUGGGUUGCUGAUACACCACCACUGUGA